AUGCUUCUGCAUCCGCAGAGCAGCAGCUGCAGUAGAGGAGACGAAACUGCCGCUGCAGCCGCCUCUGCUGUUGCUGCUGCUGCCGCCGCUGGCCCCCCUUCACAGCCGGGCGGCUUCCUGCCCAGGGUUGCUGUUGCAGCAACAGCUGGAGACCACUGGCUUCUGCUUGAGAGCAGCAGCAGCAGCAGCAGCGGCAGCAGCAGUGAGGACGACUGCAGCAGCAUAGACAGUGAUGGCGUCAUAGUAACGAGAAACAGGAGCAACAGGAGCAGCAGCAACACCAUACUCAACGCAUUCCGGCCAACGCACACCUAUAGGUGGAGGCGCAUCAGCCUCUCCCCAGCAGCAGAAGCAGCAGAUAAACAAGGAGAAAGUGUCCCUUCAGCAGCAGCAGCAGCAGCUGCAGCUGCAACAGCAGCAGUGCCAGCCGAAACAGCAGCAACAGGAGCAGCAGGAGCAGCAGAAGCAACAGGAGUAGCAGCAGCAGCAGCAGAUGAAGCUGUAGCCCGUCUUGCUGCCUCUGUCAGGAACAAUCCAUCUGUGUUGCUGCAGCGUGAAUGCUUCGGCGAUUACUUGCUGCUGCUGCAGCAGCAGCAACAGCAAUGGCUGCAACGAAUCUGCACCUGCUGCCACGGUGGCAGAGAACCGCAGCUGCACAAACUCCUGCUGCUGCUGCGGAAUGCCUUUGCCUUCACUUUCUUGAGGGAAGCAGCAGCAGCAACAGCAGCAGCAGCGGCGACAGGGACAGCAACAGCAACAGCAGCAACAGAAGCAACAGCAGCAGCGACAGAACCAGCAACAGCAACAACAACAUUCACCGCCCCAGGUCAAGGCGCUCGGCACUUCUGCCGCGCUGUGGCCUCCCACGCGCCUUGGCUGCCUCGCACAACCACCUCAGCAGCAGCAGCAGCGGCACCAGCAGCAGCAGCAGCAGCAGCAGCAACAGCAGCACAAGCAGCAGUGAACACAAAGCAAGAUGAAAUGUCAUUACACAAGCCGUCUGCUGCCCCCUGUGGGCAACAGCAGCAGCAGCAGCAGCAGCAGCACUACAAGCAGCAGCAGCAGCAGCAACAGCUUGUGGAGUUCGGCCCAGCAGCAGCAGCAACAGCAGCACAAGCAGCAGUGAACACAAAGCAGGAUGAAAUGUGCGGCUCUGCUGAAGGCCGCGGAGCCCGUCGCAUACUUCUAGGCCAUUACACAAGCCGUCUGCUGCCCCCUGUGGGCAACAGCAGCAGCAGCAGCAGCAGCAGCAGCACUACAAGCAGCAGCAGCAGCAGCAACAGCUUGUGGAGUUCGGCCCAGCAGCAGUGCUCUCAUGCACAUCACCGUAAGGAACAGCAGCAGCAGCAACUGCAGCAGCACCAACAGCAGCAGCAGUGUGAAGCUGCACAGGAAGGCCCUUCCCCUACCUCUUGGUUCUGCUGCUGCGUUGCGGAGGCCCUCAACAGCAGCAGCAGCAGCAGCAGUCUCAUGCACAUCACCGCCCUCAACAGCAGCAGCAGCAGCAGCAGCAGCAACGGAGCAGCUGCAGCAGGCUUGUCGCUGCAGAGCCAACUUGCAGCAGUAAUCGCAGAGGCGCGUGCACGUCAAAUGCUCUUCCGAAAGACUUUGCUGCAGCUUGCCCUGCAGCAGCAGCAGCAGCAGCAGCAGCAGCAGCCGCAGCAGCAGCAACAUCAGCAGCAGCAGGAGCCGCUUACGGAGCGGCAGCUGAGUUUGCUGUUGUCUGGUGGGGUUUUAACUCUGCCGGAUGCUCUCUCUGAGCAGCAGCGGGCAGCAAUUCUGCUGCUGCUGCUGCGCCGCAUGCAUGCAGCAGCUGCAGCACACGAUGAAGACACACACAUCCAAAGGCUCGCCACCAUCGGAGGCUUGUGGACUUGUGGCUUCUCGGUGGCGGAUCUGCGAUGUUUGCUGCGCGCUGCUGUUAGCAACUGCAUGCAGCGGCAGCUCUGCAGCAGCAACAGCAGCAGCAGCAGCAACAGCAGCAGCAGCAGCAGACUCUCUGUUGCUGAUCUGCGGCAGGCGCUGCUGUCUGUCUCUCCGUCAGCAGUGCGGCUGCUGCGGGUGGGCAGCGUGCAGAGGCUGCUGCCACCUUUCUUGGUGCCUCAGGAUGCUGCAGCAAGAGAAGUGUUUGCUGCUGCUGCUGCUUCUCCUGCAGCAGAGGGGCGGCUCACAUACUUUGCCUACACCCGCAGCAGCAACAACAGCAUCAACAGCAGCAGCAGCAGCAGCAGCAGCAGCAACGACAGCAGUAGCGGCGAUGACACAAGUACAAGCGAUGACGGCAACAAUGCAAGCGGCAGAGACCGCAGCAGCAGCAGCAGCAGCAGCAGCAGCUGCAGCAGCAAGCGGUGCUGCUGCGGCUGCUGCUGCUUGAAGACACUGCAGGGCCUGAAGGCUGUGCGGGGCAAUAGGCAGCUCAUUAGGGAGCUGAAGAGAGAAGUGGUGCUGCCUUUCAAGCGACAAACAGGCGCAGCAACUUCUGCUGCUGCUGCUGCUGCUGCUGCUGCUGGUGCUGCUGCUGCUGCUGCUCCUUUAGGAUGCGUUGUAGAGGGCCCUUCAGGGUCAGGCAAGUCGUUUCUGUGCGGCUGCUUGGCUGUGUCUGCUGGGGCUGUGCUGCUGCGUCUGUCUGCUGCUGAUGUGCUGCGUAAAGAAGUUGCUGCAGCAGACAAGCAGCUGCUCUCAGUUUUCUCUACGCUGCGGCGGUGCACGCCUGCGGUGCUGCUGAUCGAGGACAUUGAUAUCCUCUGCAGCAGCAGCAGCAGCAGCAGCUGCAGCAGCAGCAGCAGCAGCAGCGUAGUGGGAACGCUGCUGCAGCAGCUCGAUGAGCUCGCACUGCUGCGCCAGUUCAGUGCAGACGACACACAGAGAAAGACGGCCCUCAGUGUGCUGCUGCUGGCAACAGCAACCAAUGCAGCAAACAUCGACAGCAGGCUGCUGCUCCCGCACCGCCUGGGCAAAGUCUUCAGCCUCCCCGGCAUCCCCCAUACAGACCCUGCAGCAGCAGCAGCAACAGCAGCAGCGCUGCUGCAGCAGUGCCUCGUGGGCCGUUGCAGCUCGGCGAUUAGGCGGAAGGAUCUGCUGCGGCUGACUCGCCUGAUAGUCGACAGCAGCAACAGCAGCAGCAGCAGCAGCAACACCAACAGCAGCAGCAGCAGCAACCUAGCAGCACCAACUGCCACUCGAAGGCUCUCUCCGAGCUUGUGCGUUUAUCUCUGCCAAGAGGCAGCUGUUGCUGCCGUCAGGCGACAGCAACAACAUCAGACGCAGCAGCAACAGCAGCAGCAGCAGCAGCAACAGCAGCAACAGCAGCAGCCACAGCAGCAACAGAGUAUGUUGAUUGAGUUGCGUGACAUAAUUGAGGGAGCAAGACGCAUGCAUCUGCUCCCGUAA